CCGUUGUUGGAUUUGCCUUCAGCCUUGCAGGUGAGCUGGGAAAUGAAGACGUUGAGGUCUGUGGUUCUCUCCUUGGCUUCUCUUUGGGCUCUUGCCUUGCUGAAAACGUCUCAGGUGAGAUGCCAACGCUCUGUGCAGUUGGGAAUGGCACCCGACUCUUUUGAUGACCAAUACACCGGCUGCACUGAAGAAAUGGAAACGGAUAUUGCUCCUCGCCUGCUAGAGGAGGAAAAAGCCAGACACCCGCUGCUGGGCUCUAUGUGGGGAAACCUAUCGGCUGUUUGGGCGAUUAAGAAGAAAAGGCUUUCUGUGCCCAAGGGCUUUACGGAUGAACAUGGCAUAGCCAUCCUGGUCUACACUGAUUCCUCUAAGCCACUGUACUGGGAGUUGAACAAGGCAGUGAGAGAGGCUGGGGUCUCCCGGGAUAACUACAUGAGCAAUUUCCACUUCAAAGCUCUUCAUUACUAUCUGACGAGAGCCCUACAGCUCUUAGGGGCUGACUGCGGCCACCUGUCCAGACUCCAGCUGUUCCGGGGAGUCCGAUCCAUCCGCUUCGAGCCCAGCGGGACAGGUGUGUUCCGGUUCGGACAGUUCACCUCUUCCUCGCUGGAUGUGGCUUUAGCUCGGAGUUACGGCAACGCCACGUUCUUCACCCUGCGCUCCUGCUUUGGCGCCCACAUCGAGGCGUUCUCCGCCUUCCCUUCAGAGCGAGAAGUGCUGAUCCCCGGGAGUGAAGUGUUCAACAUCUCCAGCUUCUCCCGGGAGGGGAACCGCAGCGUCUUCCUCCUGCACAGCAUGAACUGGACCUGCAGCCAUUACAACUGCGCCUACCUCGGGGGAGAGAAGUCUCCAGAAUGUGUUGACAACAUGGUUGCAGGAAGGAGUGUCAGGGUGUCCAGCAACAUAAGCCCUGUGUUCGUUGGUGGAAUUGUCCUGGUCAACAUUGCUGCUCAGAAACUCUUCGCCAAUUUCAAACUCGUCUUGAUUUUGUAA